CUAUGAGCGCGGGACAGGAAAGCAGGCCCGAGGGGCUUUUGGUAAUUUAUGCAUCUCGCCGUCUCCGAGUCUCUCGUCGAGCGAAACGCAGGGAGCAUCAUCUCCUUCGCUUGACUGAUUGGAGUUUAUUGCUUAGCUUCUAGAACGAGAAAAUGGACGAGACAGACCUUAGGUAUUUGGAAGAUGAAGAUAGCCCAGGCAUGAAAACGAUUAAAGGGGCAACCAUGGGUUUAGCUGUCGGUACUAUUUGGGGUACAAUUGUUGCCUCAUGGCAUGAUGUGCCUCGUGUAGAGAGAAGUGUUGCGCUCCCGGGGUUGAUCAGGACCCUGAAGAUGUGCGGUAACUAUGGUCUCACCUUUGCUGCUGUUGGAGGAAUCUACGUUGGUGUUGAGCAGUUGGUGCAGAAGCAGAGGAUGAAGAGGGACUUUAUUAAUGGUGCGGUGGGUGGUUUCGUUGCUGGUGCAUCAAUUUAUGGGUUCAAAGGAAGGAGCAUUUCCGGUGCCAUUUCUGCUGGCUCCGCUCUAGCUUUCACUUCAGCCGUUUUGGACAUUGGUGGUCGUACAACAAGAACUGAUAACGGUAAAGAGUACUAUCCUUACACCACCGGUAAAAAGCCUAACGCGAGUUGAUUUUGCAACCACCACAGUAAAUGAAGAGGGAGCUGCUUGCUAACGGUUGCGCCCCGUUUUAGCUUUUUGUAUUUUCUUCUGUUUUCAGGACCAGAGGAAGGAUAGAAUCUCAAAUAAAAAUCAUUUUGGCUUGGCAUGUAAUGAUGGUAGUUUCUUACAAAUUCAUAGUAUGAAUGGGAGAGAUGUAUCUGCCUGUUUCCUAAUAAUUACCUGCAGUUCUUUUCUAUUUGAGAAA